AUGAUUUUUGCUUUACACUCUUUUGUAAAGCAAUUACCAAAGAACUCUCUGUUCCAAAGUGUUCCUGUCAUUGAGGUCUUGUAUGAUUCUCGUAAGCAAACAGUGAAAAAGUUGCUCUCCUGUUUGAUAUCAAAUCGAUGCAGUGAAGGAGAAAGAGAUGCAUUUAAGUUUUUGCAACGGUUUGUUAGAGGCAUGGACAUGCAAAAAACUAGUACGUUUUUCGCGAUUUACAAUCGCCGGCAUGGAAUGAUCGUGGUUGGCAAGAAGAUAGAGGUUGGUUUUUUUUAGUGUGAGGGUGUAGCUUAAUCAAGA